AUGGAUUGUGUAACGAAGUGGAGUAAUUUACCUACAAGUCCUAGCCUUAAACAGUUAACAGAACCAGGCUAUGGCAUACCGAGGAAAGAACAACAUGCCGCUGUUCAGGACCUAACGAAGGCUCAUAUUGAGUCGUUUGAUCAAGCCGUUUCAGAUGGACUUUGUCGUGCUGUGCAGGCAAUCCCUCCCUUAGAGUUUAUGUUUAGAAAUGACCGGAUCAGUUUGGCCUUUGUAGAGGCCACCAUCUUUAAACCAGUGGUGGGCAAAGGGAGCAUCUGCCGGGACCUGAGGGUGUUUCCGGCCGAGUGCAGAGGGAGACGCUGCUCCUACCGGGGAAAGAUUGUGGCAGAUGUCAGCUGGUCUAUAAAUGGGAUUCCCAAAGGCAUCAUCAAGCAGUCCCUGGGCCAGGUGCCCAUCAUGGUGAAGUCUAAGCUCUGUAACCUUCACGAGCUCUCUCCGAAAGAACUUAUUGAACACCAUGAGGAAGCUGAGGAAAUGGGUGGUUAUUUUAUUGUUAAUGGGAUUGAGAAGGUUAUUCGCAUGCUGAUCAUGCCAAGGAGGAACUAUCCUAUUGCUAUGUCAAGACCCAAGUGGAAGAACAGAGGCCAGGGGUACACCCAGUAUGGUAUCUCAAUGCACUGUGUGAAAGAGGAGCAUACAGCUAUCAAUAUGAAUCUGCAUUAUCUGGACAAUGGCACCGUGAUGCUGAACUUCAUCUACCACAAAGAGCUUUUUUUCUUGCCCCUGGGGUUUGCACUCAAGGCCCUAGUGGACUUCACAGAUUUCCAGAUCUUCCAGGAGCUUAUAAAAGGUCGUGAGGAGAACUCCUUCUACAAGAGCUGUGUGUCUGAGAUGCUGCGAAUUGUCAUGGAGGAGGGCUGCACGACCCGCAGAAAGGUCCUCAGCUACCUUGGUGAACGCUUCCGGGUCAAAAUGAACCUGCCAGAGUGGUACACCCACGAGCAGUGUGCCAACUACCUGCUAGACCAGUGCAUCUGUAUUCACCUGAAGUCGGAUGUGGAGAAGUUCUACCUGCUGUGUUUGAUGACGCGGAAGCUAUUCACGUUUGCCAAGCAGGAAUGCAUGGAGGAAAACCCGGACAGUCUUAUGUGUCAGGAGGUGCUCACACCAGGACGGCUCUACCUAAUGUACCUUAAGGAAAGAAUGUCUGCCUGGAUGGUGUCAGUGAAACUGUCUUUGGAAAAGAAGGCCCAUCGGCUCACUGGAGGGAUAACCUCUGACAACCUGGUGAAGAUGUUCAACAUGGGCUCUGAUGUGACCAAGGCCUUUGAAUAUCUGCUGGCCACUGGAAAUCUCAACUCAAAGACGGGUCUGGGCAUGCUCCAGAACACGGGACUGUGCGUGGUGGCUGACAAGCUCAACUUCAUCCGUUACCUGUCCCACUUCCGAUGCGUGCACCGAGGGGCGGCCUUCGCCAAGAUGAGGACCACGUCGGUGCGUCGCCUGCUGCCCGAGUCCUGGGGCUUCCUGUGCCCCGUACACACCCCCGACGGCGAGCCGUGCGGUCUGAUGAACCACAUGACGGCUCACUGUGACAUCAUAGCCCAGGCCCUGCCCACCACCACACUCCCCGCCCUGCUCUGUUCCCUGGGUGUGACUCCCGUAGACGGCACGCCGGGUCGAGCUUACUCGGACUGCUACCCCGUUCUCCUGGACGGGGCCAUGGUGGGCUGGGUGGAGACGGAGAUGGCCCCACUUCUCGUAGAUUCCCUCCGCAGGUUCAAAGUGUUGAAUGAGAAGAGGAUCCCCCCUUGGACCGAGAUAGUCCUGGUUCCCCAGACCGGCAAGGCCAGCAUGUACCCAGGCCUGUUCCUCUUCACCACCCCCUGCCGCAUGGUCCGGCCUGUCCGCAACUUGGCCCUGGGCAAGGAGGAACUGAUCGGUACCUUUGAGCAGCUCUACAUCAACGUGGGCAUCAGUGAAGAUGAGAUUGAACCUGGUGUGACCACCCACCAGGAACUCUUCCCUCACAGCAUGCUCAGCGUGGUGGCUAACUUCAUCCCUUACUCAGACCACAACCAGAGUCCCAGGAACAUGUACCAAUGCCAGAUGGGUAAACAGACGAUGGGCUUUCCCCUCCACUCAUUCCAGGAGCGCUCAGACAACAAGUUGUACCGCCUCAUGACCCCGCAGAGCCCCCUGGUCCGGCCUGUCAUGUAUGACCACUACAACAUGGACAAUUACCCCAUUGGCACCAACGCCAUUGUUGCUGUAAUCUCCUAUACUGGCUAUGACAUGGAGGACGCCAUGAUCCUGAACAAGUCGUCGUGGGAGAGGGGCUUUGCUCACGGCUGUGUUUACAAGACUGAGCUGGUGGACCUAACGGAGAAGAUAAAGGGCGAGGACAACCUGGUGUUUGGGAUCAAGCCCGGUGACCCCAAGGUGAAGGACAAGCUGGAUGUCGACGGGCUGCCCUUCAUCGGAUCUGUGCUGCAGUUCGGGGACCCUUUCUAUAGCUAUGUCAACCUCAACACUGGACAGAGCUUUGUGUACUUCUACAAGAGUCAGGAAAGCUGUGUGGUAGACAACAUCAAGGUGUGCAGCAACGACGCCGGAACAGGCCGCUUCAAGCGCAUCUGUAUCACGGUGCGGGUUCCCCGUAACCCCACCAUUGGGGACAAGUUUGCCAGCCGCCACGGUCAGAAGGGCAUCCUGAGCCGGCUGUGGCCCGCCGAGGAUAUGCCCUUCACAGAGAGCGGCAUGACACCUGACAUCCUGUUCAACCCGCAUGGCUUCCCCUCCCGCAUGACCAUCGGCAUGCUCAUUGAGAGCAUGGCGGGCAAGUCGGGCGCCCUCCAUGGCCUGUGCCACGACGCCACGCCAUUCACCUUCUCUGAGGAGAGCUCAGCGCUGGAGCACUUCGGCGACAUGCUGCGUGCCGCCGGCUACAACCACUAUGGUACCGAGCGGCUCUACAGUGGCCUCAGCGGGCUGGAGCUGGAGGCGGAUAUAUUCAUCGGCGUGGUCUACUACCAGAGGCUGCGUCACAUGGUCUCUGACAAGUUCCAGGUGAGGACGACAGGGGCGCGAGACAAGGUGACCAACCAGCCGGUGGGCGGAAGGAACAUCCAGGGGGGUAUACGCUUCGGGGAGAUGGAGCGUGAUGCCUUACUCGCCCACGGCACCUCCUUCCUGCUCCAGGACCGCCUGUUCAACUGCUCCGACCGCUCGACGGCCCAGGUUUGCGUGGACUGCGGCAGCCUGCUGUCCCCGUUGCUGGAGAAACCGCCGCCAUAUUGGUCGUCCACGCGCCACCGGAACACUGUCUGUGCCCUGUGCGGCAAGAGUGACUCGAUCGACACAGUGUCUGUGCCAUACGUUUUCCGCUACUUUGUCGCGGAGCUGGCGGCUAUGAACAUCAAAAUCAAAUUUGACGUGAAGUGAUUUUGUUCAGUUUACCUGCCCUUCUAUGCGCAGCCAGACCGUGCUAUUUUGUGCCUGAGAUGUUCAUCUUCAGCCAUGUGUGACUGGGAGGAGUUGACUUGUACAGGUAUUAGGCCUUGUUACGAUGUUAUAUUGUAUGAAUGGCUUCCUUACUCAAAUUAAUCUUUGUUACUUAUGUAAUACAUUUUUAGGUUGAAAAAAAGCAUACUGAAGUUUCCACGAUUACCUAAAGCCAUACUGAUAAUUAGAGUGGCUGUGUGCCUAAAAUGUUUUGCCCAUUAUCCGCAAUGUUCUCCACAUAAAAUAAGAACUGUAGUAAUAAAGGAUAGUUGGAAUAUUCAAUUUUUUUUAAGAUGUUGCAAAUAUAUUGUACAGUAACUGUCAAACAUACAAAAUACGGUCAGUUUGCAUUUACAGGAUUUCACUCCUGUAACUGUGUACUUUGAGCAGACUAUGUUGAUUCAUGUGACUUCUAGGGAAUAAAAGUUUUGUCAUUCACAGUGA